AUGAUUAGGUAUAGACUAGAUCAGCAUAUCUUUUUGAAAUUUACGAGAUAUAUUAGGAUUCAAUCCCAAUAUGACUUUCAGAAACCUUCCCUUUAAUUGAACAAGGCACAAAAGUUAAAAGAUUGGAUGGAUCUUAAAUAUAUUCGUGGUUUUUAAGUGCCAUAAAUUUUGCAAAAUAAAAUAACAUUAUAGACUCUGGUUUUUUUUAUUAAGAACAAUUUUACUAUUCAAUAAAAUGUAGGAAAGUAAUUGUAUACUUCAUUUAUUCACUGAAACAAAUAAAGAUUUGUAACCACUUUUGAUAUCAAGAAAUAUAAAGUUGCUUGUGACAUUUGUGGUAUUAUAAAUGCGGAAUACCCUUAAAUAUUCUUUAUAUGAACCAGAGAGUUAAUGGAGAUUUGAACAUUUAGAGAUGAGUUAUACCACAACUAAAAUUGUUUAUAGUGGAACAAUAUUUUUGAAGUUUUUUAAUAAAAUAGUGCAUCGAACCCCUUCGGCUUCGUUUGAAAAAGGUUCAGGAUCUGAACAAUUUAUUUCUCUAUCAAAGAUGAUUCAGGUGUCUAAGUGA